AUGGCAGAGCUGCCUGCAUCAGAGACGCCCGGGGACCCGACUCUCUGUGGGCGUUUCACCAUCAGCACACUGCUAGCGGGCGAUGAGCCCCUGCCCCCCGCUGCCUACGAUGGCAGCUCCCCCAGCCACCUGACUCUGGGCAGCACCCUGUACACACGCACCUUCGGCUACAACACCAUCGAUGUGGUGCCUGCCUACGAGCACUAUGCCAACAGUGCCCUGCCCGGUGAGCCCCGGAAGGUCCGACCCACCUUGGCUGACCUGCACUCCUUCCUCAAGGAAGGCAGCCACCUGCACACGUUGGGCUUUGACAGCCGGCCCAGCCCUGAGAUGACAGACGGGCUGGUGGAGGAUGAGCCGGGCCCUGGCAGCGAGAACGCCGGACAGCCUGUGCGCUUCGGCUGGGUCAAGGGAGUGAUGAUCCGCUGUAUGCUCAACAUCUGGGGUGUGAUCCUCUAUCUGCGGCUGCCCUGGAUCACGGCGCAGGCGGGCAUCGUCCUUACCUGGGUCAUCAUUCUGCUCUCGGUGCUGGUGACAUCCAUCACGGGCCUGUCCAUCUCGGCCAUCUCCACCAACGGCAAGGUCAAGUCAGGUGGCACCUACUUCCUCAUCUCCCGGAGUUUGGGCCCCGAACUGGGAGGCUCCAUCGGCCUCAUUUUCUCCUUCGCCAAUGCUGUGGGUGUGGCCAUGCACACUGUAGGCUUUGCAGAGACUGUGCGGGACCUGCUGCAGGAGUACGGCUCUCCCAUUGUGGAUCCCAUUAAUGACAUUCGCAUCAUUGGCGUGGUCACCGUCACGGUGCUGCUGGCCAUCUCCCUGGCUGGAAUGGAGUGGGAGUCCAAGGCCCAGGUGCUGUUCUUUCUGGUCAUCAUGGUCUCCUUCGCCAACUACUUGGUGGGGACGCUGAUCCCCCCGACUGAGGACAAGGCCUCCAAGGGGUUCUUCAGCUACCAUGGGGACAUUUUUGUACAGAACUUGGUACCUGACUGGCGGGGCGCCGAUGGCAGCUUCUUCGGAAUGUUCUCCAUCUUCUUCCCCUCGGCCACGGGCAUCCUAGCUGGGGCCAACAUCUCUGGGGACCUCAAGGACCCUGCUGUGGCCAUUCCCAAGGGGACGCUCAUGGCAAUCUUCUGGACCACAGUCUCCUACUUGGCCAUCUCUGCCACCAUCGGCGCCUGUGUGGUUCGCGAUGCGUCUGGGGUCCUGAAUGACACCAUGACCCCCGGCUCAGGCACCUGCGAAGGCCUGGCUUGUGGCUACGGCUGGAACUUCACUGAGUGCUCCCAAGAACUCAACUGCCGCUAUGGCCUCAUCAACUACUACCAGACCAUGAGCAUGGUGUCUGGCUUUGCUCCUUUGAUCACGGCCGGAAUCUUCGGGGCCACCCUCUCCUCUGCCUUGGCCUGCCUCGUCUCCGCUGCCAAAGUCUUCCAGUGCCUGUGCAAGGACCAGCUGUACCCACUGAUUGGCUUCUUCGGCAAGGGCUACGGCAAGAACCACGAGCCUGUGCGUGGCUACCUGCUCGCCUACGUUAUCGCUGUGGCCUUCAUUAUCAUUGCCGAGCUCAACACCAUUGCCCCCAUCAUUUCCAACUUCUUCCUGUGCUCCUACGCCCUCAUCAACUUCAGCUGCUUCCACGCCUCCCUCACCAACUCCCCUGGGUGGAGACCCUCCUUCCGAUACUACAGCAAGUGGUCAGCGUUGUUUGGGGCGGUGGUCUCUGUCGUCAUCAUGUUCCUCCUCACCUGGUGGGCGGCCCUCAUUGCCAUUGGCAUCAUCCUCUUCCUCCUGCUCUACGUGAUCUACAAGAAGCCAGAGGUCAACUGGGGCUCCUCGGUGCAGGCUGGCUCCUACAAUCUCGCCCUCAGCUACACAGUGAGCCUCAAUGAGGUGGAAGACCACAUCAAGAACUACCGCCCACAGUGCCUGGUGCUCACAGGACCCCCAAACUUCCGUCCAGCACUGGUGGACUUUGUGGGCACCUUCACCCAGAACCUUAGCCUCAUGGUCUGUGGCCAUGUGCUCAUCGGACCCCGCAAGCAGAGGAUGCCAGAGCUGCGGCUCAUUGCCGAUGGUCAUACCAAGUGGCUGAACAAGAGGAAGAUCAAAGCCUUCUACUCAGAUGUCAGCUCCGAGGACCUGCGGAGUGGCGCACAAAUUCUCAUGCAGGCUGCAGGUCUCGGAAGAAUGAAGCCCAACAUCCUGGUGGUGGGAUUCAAGAAGAACUGGCAGUCAGCUCACCCAGCCAUGGUGGAAGGAUACAUUGGCAUCCUGCACGACGCCUUUGAUUUCAACUACGGUGUAUGCGUCAUGAGGAUGCGGGAGGGGCUCAACAUUUCGGAGGUGAUGCAGGCACACAUUAACCCCAUGUUUAACCCAAUCGAGGAUGGCAAGGCAGCCAGCACCGGUGGGACGAGGCUGGCUGUGUCUGGCACAGUGGAGCCUGAGGUCCUGGUGCAGGAGGAGCAGGCUAGCACCAUCUUCCAGUCAGAGCAGGGCAAGAAGACCAUUGACAUCUACUGGCUCUUCGAUGAUGGAGGCCUCACACUCCUCAUCCCCUACCUCCUCGGCCGCAAGAAGAGGUGGAGCAGGUGCAAGAUCCGUGUGUUCGUUGGGGGCCAGAUCAACAGGAUGGACGAGGAGAGAAAGGCGAUCGUUUCUCUGCUGAGCAAAUUUCGACUGGGAUUCCACGAGGUUCAUGUCCUGCCUGACAUCAACCAGAAACCACGAGCUGAGCACAUCAAGAGGUUUGAGGACAUGAUUGAGCCUUUCCGCCUCAACGAUGGCUUCAAGGAUGAGGCCGCUGUGGCUGAGAUGAGGCGGGACUGCCCCUGGAAGAUCUCAGAUGAAGAAGUCAACAAGAACAGAGUCAAGUCCCUCCGGCAGGUGAGGCUCAAUGAGAUUCUGCUGGAUUACUCCCGGGAUGCUGCGCUGGUUGUCAUCACCCUGCCCAUAGGCAGGAAGGGGAAAUGCCCGAGCUCGCUGUACAUGGCCUGGCUGGAGACCCUGUCCCAGGACCUCCGACCCCCCGUCAUCCUGAUCCGAGGGAACCAGGAAAACGUGCUCACCUUCUACUGCCAGUAA